CCUCUGCCCGAGCAGGAGGAAGUGAGAACGACCCAGAUUUUGGCGCCAGCACCGACACAAAGCUGGGGGCCGGGAGCCAGCGCAGGGAGGCGGGCUCCACCGCAGCCUGCGCUGCUCUACCCCACACGGCCGACAUCGGGCCCACCGCCCGCUUCGGCACUCUGUUCUCCUUUUCCUACUUCCUCUCCUCCCUCCCUUUUUCUCUCUUCAGCGGCACCGCACGCACCGCGACAAAGGUAAAAGCUCUGCAAGUCUGCAAUAAAAAUGGCCUCCAAUAAAACUGCAUUGAAAUCCAAAACAUUUAAGUGACGAGAAUUAGUGAAGCCGAAAAGAGUACCAGAAAACAGUCUUCCAUUGAAUCAAAGAAUUAUAGUCCAACGGAGAACACAGAUGGAGAUGUUCCCCACUUGUAGCCUGCUUGCCUCAUCACCACACAAAAUGGGAAAGAAACAGAAUGGCAAAGGUAAAAAAGUUGAAGAGGCAGAGCCUGAAGAAUUUGUUGUGGAGAAAGUCCUGGACAGACGUGUUGUAAAUGGAAAGGUGGAAUACUACUUGAAGUGGAAAGGAUUUACAGAUGCUGACAACACAUGGGAACCUGAAGAAAACUUAGAUUGUCCAGAGCUAAUCGAAGCUUUUCUGAACUCUCAGAAAGCUGGUAAAGAAAAAACAGAUGGUGCCAAAAGAAAAUCUUUGUCAGAUAGUGAAUCUGAUGAUAGUAAAUCAAAGAAAAAGCGUGAUUCUGUUGAUAAACCAAGAGGGUUUGCAAGGGGUCUUGAUCCCGAGCGGAUAAUUGGGGCUACGGAUAGCAGUGGAGAGCUUAUGUUCCUCAUGAAAUGGAAAGAUUCUGAUGAGGCAGAUCUGGUGCUGGCCAAAGAAGCGAACGUGAAGUGUCCUCAGAUUGUAAUUGCUUUUUAUGAAGAGCGACUAACUUGGCAUUCAUGCCCAGAAGAUGAAGCACAAUAAUUGUUUGCAUUGCUUUUUUUAUAUAUAUGAAUAUUAAAACCUGAAAUUUGAUUUAUUAGCAAUGUGACAAACAUACAUUCUAACAAGAAUCAAAUUUGAUAUUUUUUUGAAGUAGUAUGUUUUGCAUCAACAGCAAGUAAAUAAAAGCUUUCUGCAACUUGUUUCAUUUAUCAUGAGAGAGCAUUUGAUACUACUGCUUCCUCCAUAUUAGGUAAAAGCUUUUAUAAAACAUUCAUAAACUUCCAUAGUUAUUACAAAAUCAUAAUGAAUGUCUAAACAAACUCACAGAUGUUUUGUAGUCUUCUAUACUAUUGAUGUGCAUGUAUCUUCUUUACCCAAACCUAGCCCUUUAAACCUGUAGAGUCAUUCUUUUUAGUAUUUGGGAUCACUUGGCCUCAAGAAGACCAGGUGAAAACUAACUUUGUAGUAAUUUGAAUGUUAUCAGACUGUAUAUUGUUUACUUUAUUGUAAAUACUGGUGAACAGUGGUCAAUAAAAUAGUUUUAUAUUCUUCCUUUAUACUGAUAGGCUGUGACUCUUUUGAAGCGAUAUGAUAUUUCUGAACUUUUGAUAUGUUAAGCUCUGAAUUUGUAAUAUAUUUAACUGUAAGUUGUUUUUUUGGAGGGUAAAUUAGUUAAUUGAUAUUACCCCAUUGCUUCUCUGUAAUCACAAUACCAGGCUCUCAUUCUUUGUAUAUGGUUUGGGCACUGAAGUUUGAGUCACAGACAGCAACGAUACUGCCUGGGUAUGGUUGCUGGUCACAAGGUGAGGUGACCUCUGCAGGUGUAUGAGGAAAUACUUGACAUGUGUUGAUGGUGUCAGCCUUUGCUUUAAUUUCUGGUCUUAAUACAAGGCUAUAGUAUAACUAGCAGUGGUUUCAGACCAGCCUGAAGAAUACUUACAUAGUUCUGCCUUUAAAGUGGAAUAUUUUAAUUAAGAAACUUAAGUCAUAUACUUAAAAAAAAAAAAUAAGACUUUGUUUCUAUUUCAGGUUGAAUUUUAAGAUGAAUCCUAUAGAUUAGCUGCUUGGAGAAUGCCUUCAGAAGGGCAGAAGGGGUGGGGAACUCAGGAGGAGGAAAGUUGCCUUUUUCCAUUCUUAAGUUGCCAUUCGUCUUCACAUGCUUUCAUCAACGUACCUUUUGUUGGUGUUUUGACUACCAUGGUGUGGUUUGCCUUGAACUGUGCCUCUCCACGUGUCAAUGGCCACUGUUACUAUUUGCCCUCACAUAGCUUCAAAAGCCAUUUACAUUGUGAAUCAAAACUUGUCAUUGUAAAACAUUUAUUUGAAGUUAAAUGCUGCAGUGGCUAAACUGAUGCUCAAUUACCUUUUUAUGGGUAACUGCCUUGUCAAGAUUUUAGUGCUGGGUUUGGGCAGAAUUCAGUUGCCAUCUAUUUGUGGCUUUAGGAAAAAUGAGAUAUUGCUGUUAGUGCGGGGGUUCCCUUGUACCAGGGUAAUGACAAUUUCAGAGCUUAGCUGGCUUCUCAGACAAAUUACCCCAGCCUUGUCAUAUGUGUAAGUCUUCUACAAAGUUCAUGGCUUAAUUCUUUGGGGCUUAGAAUAGAAAUAUGUAUAUACUUAGUAUAUAGGAGUCUGAAAUUCUGGGUUUUUUUACCCACUAGCUUGAGAAACGUACAAGCCAAACAAUUCCAAAGCAGCUUGCAAUCUCCUGCCUCCUCCUUCAGUGUGGAGUGCUUUUCAAGGAGUCUUAAAACUGUUAUUCUACAGUUUGUGUUUUAUUGUCUGAAACUUUACACUUUCUAUACUUUCUUCCAAGUGUGGUUAUCAAGUUUAUAUGAAGUUGCUGGUUUGAAGCAAUACAGGUUGAACUAUUUAAAUUGCCAGUUAGUGGUAGACUAGAGAUUUUGGUUGAAAGGUUGAUUCUCCUCAAUUUGUAACCCUUAAAAUACAGAUUUGCAACUAGAUAGAGCUUUUACAUUAAACUUGGUUCUUUCCUCUGACUGUCUGUAAAAAAUGCACUGUAUUCACAUCUAAACAACUUUACAGCUUGUUAGACAAUUAUUUAGAUUUCUAAUUUUUUACUUUAUGACAGUAGUAAUGCUUACUGGUAUUUGUUUCCUUUUUUUUCUCACUUUGUGUCAAACUGCAUUUUGAUAGUAAUGAAAUGCAACACUUAAAAGUUACAAGUUAUGUAAAAUUAUGCUGAAUGUGCUGCAUACAUAUGCAAAAAGUAACAAAUGUUAUUAAUUUAAAAUUAACUGAUUAAAUAAAUGAGAUAUCUUCUGUA